AACUCCACCGUUGGGCGGAGCCUCGGCCCAGCCUGUCCAAUAAGAAGUCAUCAUCACCGAGACUGACAUGUACACAGAGCAAUCCAUAAGUCCAGUUCAGUCAGAGGUGGAACUCAGGCGACUCCGCGCUUCCUACUCAGACUAGCCCCGCCCCAGAGCCGGGGGAGUGCGCGUGCCCAGAAUGCGAGAGGGCGGGACCUAAGGGGAAGAUCCGACGCUAGGGGUGGGGUCCAAGCUGGGUUCCUGAACUGGGGCGGGACGGCGGUGGAGAAGAGCCCACACCUAGGUAACCAUCCUGCCCGGCCGAUCGCCCUGUGUUGCCGGUGACGCAGAACGGAGGUGCUCGGUCCCCCGAGCCACAGUACUCUGUUGCCUACAGGGUCUAAAAUCAGGGUUCCCUGGGUCCUGUCUCCUCGCUACCAUGGUGGGGCUCCGCAUAAGCUUCUUUCUACCGAGUUUCAAGUUUCCUCGUCUUCAAAACAGGAAAAAAAAAGUUGGGAGCUGCAGGGCGCUAAGGUUCCGGAACCACAAUGGAUGGAACGCACGAGAGGGAGAGGAGGGAAAACCACAUUUGACCUCCCCUUGCUGGGCCCCGCCUACCCCCUGGUCCAGGGCGGGGGAGGAAGCUCCGGGCCCAGACCCGCGGCAGGAGGCGUGUCCUAGGAAACUGGAUCCUGCUUGCCUCCCUUGGCCCGAGCUAAGCGGCGCGCACAGCCUGGAGUCGUUGGGGUCAACCUAGGAUGGGGUCUGCACCCUGCACUUCUCAGGGAGCCGCCGCGAAGGAGAAAGUCGAGCAAAGACACUGCGAGUGACCCGGAGCGCGGCUGGGGAAACGGAGGAGAGGAUGGGAGGCAGCUAACCGGACUCCCUCUGCACGCCGGGGACGUCGGAGGCGCACGUCGAGGGUCCCCGGGAGAGCUCCGUUUAGAACGGGGAGGGGGCAAGGCCAUGAGGAGCGUUCGGUCCGAGCAGCCCAAGGCUGGCAUCGGGGCUGGAGACGACCUCCGACACUGAAGGGUGCGAGUUGGGGGGCACCGUCGCCGGAGGGCAGCGCCAUGGCCCGGGAGGAGUGCAAGGCGCUGCUGGACGCGCUCAAUAAGACCACGGCGUGCUACCAUCACUUGGUGCUGACCGUGGGCGGCUCCGCGGACACGCAGGACCUACGCGAGGAGCUGCAGAAGACCCGCCAGAAGGCGCGCGAGCUGGCCGUGGCCACCGGCUCCCGGUUGACGGUCGCGUUGCGCGACCGGGGCUUGGCGACCGAGGAGCGGGCAGAGUUUGAGCGGCUCUGGGUGGCCUUUUCGGGUUGCCUGGACCUGCUCGAGGCCGACAUGCAGCGCUCCCUGGCGCUGGGAGCCGCCUUCCCGCUGCACGCGCCGCGCCGGCCGCUCGUGCGCACAGGGGUGGCGGGCGGCUCCUCCGCGGUAGCCGCGCGCGCCCUGAGCGCUCGCAGCCUGCGGCACGAAGCCGGGGGCGACUUCGACGUCGCCGAUCUGCCCGAGUUGGAGCGCGAAGUCCUCCAAGUGGGCGAGAUGAUCGACGACAUGGAAAUGAAAGUCAACGUGCCCCGCUGGACUGUGCAGGCGCGGCAGGCUGCGGGCGCCGAACUUCUGUCCGGUGUUUCCUCGGCCGGUGCCAUUUCGGUGGAGGAGCGAGCGGGACCCUGCGACCCCAGCAAGGCCCUGGCCGCCACUGUUUUCAGUGCUGUGCUGCUGGUGGCCGUGGCACUCGCCUUAUGUGUGGCCAAGCUGAGCUGAGCACCCGACGGCCACCCGCUGCGCCUUCUCCUUCCAGAGUAUGGGCGUGGGGGCCUGGUCUGUUAGACAGAGGCAGUGAACCCGAUGUGUGCUUAUGAACACGAUCCUUUCAAGGCACGCAUCUGCCUGGGCAAGACAUGUUUUGAUUUUUAGCUUACUGGUCUAAGAGGAGUUAACUGCACAGGGCGGUCAGGGCAUUACCUCUAAUGUCUGCAGGAGCUUUAUCUCCUAUUAAUAGAAAUCGGUCCACAGUGACCCGGAUCCCAUUGAGCUUGAUGGGUUAACUCGUGUGUCUCACGUUUGAUGGCCUCACCCUCGUGAGUAGCUCCCACUGUGCAUAAGACAGGGCAAUUUGGGAAGGUGUGGGGCAAGCAUAACGAGGGGGCCAUUUUGCUCCCUAGGCAAAAAGCAAAAUGCAGUAAGAUGUAAGUGGGUUUUAUUCACCUUAAUCCUUUGGGGCCUAAGCUUUGGGAGAGCGUGCCGAUAGAGGUUCAGAAUGCUUUCUCUAUGGUAUGCUAUUGCACUUCUUGGCAGCUAGGAGAGGUUUGGUGUUGUGACCCCAUUUGGGAAAACCAAGAAGGUUGUUUCAAGUCGCUGUGGUGGAUGGAACUGGUGAAUCCACUGCUCGCUUGCCUCAAGAGAAGACCUCCCCCUACCCAUCCCUGGAUGGGGAGGGGAUGAGCAGUAGGAUGCCGCCAUGUAACCAGGCACGUUCUCCUUCCCAGCGGCUUAUUUUAUUCCAGAAUUAGACCACAGUGUUUGACCCUCUUUUGAGGGAGGGCUGGGGGAAUCCUCUUUGAAGCCCUUAAUCCUAUCUGUCCCCAGAAUUUACUUGCUAGCCAAUAGGAGCACUAGUUUUCUGGAGAGCUGUUCAACUGCCUGACCCCAAGUUUCAGGAAAGGGCAUUACUGGCAUCCUUGGUUCACCAGAGGCGGUGAACCGGUCAGCUGAGAUGGAGUUCAGAAUCUAAUGGUUCAAAAUGGACCAGUUUUGAGUUGGAACUUUAGGAGUUUUAAGCAUUCUCUCUCUCUCUCUCUCUCUCUCUCUCUCUCUCUCUCUCUCUCUCUCUCU